UGAAGUUAGCUGAUAAUGAAGUAAAAGUGCGUAACUUUUUAUGGAAAAUUUGAAGUCGAUUUAUACAAAUUUACAAUACACGUGGGCUGUUUGCUGUUGACUUUCCAGUUAAGAUAAAAUAAUUUUUCUAAAACAUAACACUCAUUCCCAUGUGCUAUAAAUACUCUAAAGUAGCGAGAAACCUAAAUGGAAAAAGUCGUUAAAGCGAAUCUGAUCUUGAGAACAACGGGAAAAAAGCUUUUUGGUAAAAGUUUAAUGAUUUGAUGUGUAGGAAGAUUCAUCUUUUGGUAGUUAGAUAAUAAAUAUGAUUUCGGCAAUAAGCGAGGACGUCACGAAAGUGCCAUUCAGCGCAAUUGCAGUAAGAGUUACAAACAUCAUAAAUCCGUACUUUAUGAGGAUCUAUGAGUUGGAAAAUCAUGCAUUGAGGGUAAAUGUAAUUAGCAAAAAGUUGCAGAUAUACGCUCAAAAACACAUCGAUUUUGAGAAAGAGCCUAAUGAACUUCUCAACUUGGGAGAUACGUUGAUUGUAUUUAAUAUAAAUAACGACGAUCUUCCUGCCUGGUGGUGCAGAGGAAUUUUGGGCCGCAUGGACGAUACAAGUACAAAGUAUAACGUUUUCUUGCCAGAUUAUGGCAUUGCCCUUCUAUUGGCAAAAAAUGACUUGCGGAAAAUUCCGAAGGAUGUUGUUUCUGAUGAAUACUUGACGUCUACGAUCGGAUUAAAUGAGGUGGUUCCUGCCACUAUCGCCAAGGGCAACAAAUCGAAAGAGAAAACGAUUGUGACUAUUGUGGAAGAGUGGACUGAAUCUGCUAUUCAGUUUACGAAAGAGUUAUUAAGUGCUGCCGAUAAGAUAUAUUUUGACCCACAAGCUUGUGACCAGAAUGGCAAAAAGUAUGGCGAACUUUACUUGAUUAUUGAAGACGAAUUAGUAUUUCUGAGUAAAGCUUUGACCCUCAGUUUGUUCGCAGUUCAUUUAAAUAAAGCUAUUCUCGCGAGGAUUUACGAACCAGGCGUAAAAGAAAGUCCAGCGAAAAAAAUUAAUGAUAGUCUCCUGAUCACCAAUGAGGACUUGAAUGAUUCUUUAAAAAGCGAAUCAAGAGUGGACGACAGCGUUAAUGGUGUUAAUGGUUUCAAUUAUCCGACUACUUGCACAGAAACAGAAACCGAGGAAGAAAAACAAAAUGAACAUGUCACCGAUCCUUUAUCCAAACGAAGUCACAGAAACUUGUACAAGAAGGAUGACCAACAAAUAUUGAUUCGAAGCGUUCAGAAGUGCGAGUUUAUCGAGAGUGUUACGGAUGCGAGGUUUUCAGCACAUAUACACAGAGCACUCGAGGCUCAAGAUGUUAGGCGUCCAAAAAAAAUCCAAUCGUACAUGUGGCCGGCUGUGAAGAAGGGCCUCGAUGUUAUAGCGGUCAGUCCUUCCGAUUCUGGAAAAACGUAUGGAUAUUUAAUACCGAUUGUCAGUUCCCUAGUUAAUCAAGCAAAGCUUCCCAAAGGUAACAAACCAACCACUUUAAUACUCUGUUCAUCGUCAUCAGAUGUUGCAAAUGUUGCCUCUCUCUGUGAUGAAUUUUUAAUACAUUAUCCACAUAUCAAGACAGUAGCUGCUUUGAAUGGAAAACCGGAGAAAUCAUUAUUGGCACAAAUCUACAAUGGAUGUCAAAUACUCGUAGCUACAGUGCCAUUCUUAGCUAGGUUCAUUAAAAAAUUCAAAAAUAUGAACGUGAUUGAUUUGUACCAUCUUCGGCACAUUAUUCUUGACGGAGCUGAUGUUAUACUAGACAAAUAUAUACAGCCGGCGAUGGAGAUAUUCUUCAAACAUAAAAUAAUGCGAGACAAGGAAGAGAGGUACGACAAUGAUUCAUUCCUUCAGGUAAUAGCAGUUGCACAACAAUGGACCAUAGGAUUGAGGCAAUUCAUGGAUAAGGCGAUUGUUUAUCCAUAUGUGUGUAUUGGAUCUUAUAUGGAAGCAGCUGCCUUCUCUCAAGUUCAAGCCAAGCUCUCGAUUGUCAGAUCUGAACAGAAAAAUAAUAAGAUUUUAGAGGCGUUGAAUAACAAUGAAGAAAUGAUCACCGAGAGAAUAAUGAUAAUUUGUACGGAUGCACGUGAGGCGAUUGAAUUGAACAGCCUUAUAAAAUCUAAUAAAAAGAAGACUCUUCUGGCUCACAGCAACAUGAUUUUUAAUGAAGUGCAUGGUGUCAGAGCCGAUUGGGCUGCGAGCGUUUCCGGAAUGUAUCCCAUCCUGAUCUGCACGGACGAUGUACUUUCGGAUUUGAAUAUACAGAACGUAACUUGGUUGAUACAUCAUUCGGUUAACUUGGCUUCAAAAUCCAGAUUUUAUUACAGAUUCUCAACUCUGAUGGAUAAUUGGCUCGCGGACAAGAACAGGUGCAAAGUACUUAUAUUUGUGGAUAACAGCAAUGACAUGCAGUUCCAAGGUCUUGUGGAAAUUAUGAAAAGACUCCAUGCCACGAUGCCGCCAAAAUUGAUCAAUGUGGCUAAUAGAAUCGCAGCAACCUUGGAUGGAAAGAAGAAAGAAUACCCUAUCUGUGAUAAUAUCAAGUCUCUAGGAUUUUGUCCAAAGAGGACAAACUGUUCAUAUAGGCAUUGCAUUCUCAAAGGUGUAGAUGAUCCUAUCACUAAUGUUUCCAUUGGCGAUACGGUUGAACUGAUGGUAACGUAUGUUCACGAUGCGACGCACUUUUCUGCCAGAUUGAUUAAAUGUCUCAAAAAAGAUCAAAAGGAUCCCAUAGCCUAUCCUUAUGAGCAUUCAGUCAGACUUUCAAUGCAGAUGCAGAAAUAUUACGCCAAUGUCGAACACAGGAGAGGAAUCAGAAGGAUUAAAGUUGGCGAUAUUUGCGUUAUGGAGGACACCAUUGAACAUUACAAACGAGUGCAAAUCCUAAACAUUGUCAUGAGAAACAAUUUCGAUGAACCUUCAGUCGUCACUGUAAGAUGCAUCGACGAUGGACGUGUAACUGCAAAAGUCAGGGCGAAUAAACUGUUACAAAUCCCUGAACAUCUCGCCAAUUGGCAGACGAACAUCAUCGAAGUUUUCUUGUCAAGUAUCACGCCAUUUGACAAUGAAUAUAUAUGGGAUCGUUGUGCAAAUGAAGCUGUGCACUCUUGGUUCGGCGAGAAUUUGGAUUCAAGAAACUCUUCUGUUUUUGGAAAGGUGAAUCUUCAUCUCGGGAAUAUCAUAUGGACAGAUACUUUGGAAGUGAGAUCUAAAAUGAUAGGAUUUCCUGAAAUUACUGUUUCGUCAUUGCGUUCAACGCUGAUACAAGAAAAUCAUGGCUUAAUUAGUAGAUCCCAUUUGCCAAUGCUGUACGAACUUUGUAAAAGCGGAAAUUUUACCGACCUGGAAAUAAACGUCGCUCCUCCUUUGGAAAAAAAUGAAGAAGUAGAGUAAGAAGAUUACUUUCAGUUUGAAAACCUUCUUUUUUCGAAUAUGAAAUAGCAAAUCAGUUCCACGAAACAGUAUUCCUUCCGUGCCAUUUUAUUUGUCAGUUUUUACAUAAAUAGGAAUAUUUUUACAAUAUUAAGGCAUCGGGAAUCAGUGAGGUCCUUUUCUAUUGUACGUUUAUCUUGAGUCCAAAGAAAACUGAGAAUAUUAGAAUUAGCGUUUAAGUUUAAAUUUGUUAAAAAAAUAUGCCUAGAUAAUAUAGGCAACAAGCUCAUAUAUACUUUCUCUCAGGUUUUUUCUAGUUAAUGAUAUUAAUUUUUACAUUAAAACGGAAUGUACGAAAG